GUGUCGUAAAGCCCCACUGACAGACAGACAAAGAUAGAACCAGCAGCUCUGGCAAAACCAAGAAUCUUCAGCUCAUAUGAGUACCAUGACAGAUUCCAUGUGGAAUUUGUGGGUUGUGGGUGCAAGCUGUGCUGCUAUAUCAGGAAUGACUCUGCUUUGGUGGCUGAAGAAGAGAAAUUCAGCAAAGCCGGAGUACUACGCACGGGUCGAGCGGCGUUUGGAGCUGGAGCGGCAGCGACGUGUCCAGUUGACCAAACACCUUCUGGUUGAUGGUAACCUGAUCACCGAGGAGAGGAUGGACAUCCUGGAGCUGCCUCUGCUGCAACUGAUCGAACAGUUGCAGGUGGGGCAGUUGAAGGCCGUCCAGGUACUCAGAGCUUACCAGGCCAAGGCUCUGCAAGCAUCAGCAAAAUACAACUGUGUUACAGAAUUUGUUGCAACUGCUGAGAGCCGGGCAUCGGUGCUGGACCGCCUGCCGGCGGCGGCGCGCGGCCCUCUGCACGGCCUUCCCUUCAGCGUGAAGGACUGCGUCGACCUGGAGGGCUACGACUCAACAGCCGGGCUGGCCAAGCACCUGGGCCAGCCGGCGUCGCGCUCGGCGCCUGUCGUGCAGACGCUCAUCGACCUGGGCGGCGUGCCCUUCUGCAAGACCAAUGUCCCACAGACCAUGAUCAGCUUCGGUUGCAGUAACCCUGAUCUUCGGUUGCAGUAA